UGUCUUUCUCGCUGACGAAGAACGCAUGCCUGCAGACGCAACCGAGCUUCGGCGCUUGCUUAGCCGCGAGGACACGCCCGUGGUGCUUCCAUGCUGCUACGACGGUCUCUCAGCGCGCCUUGUCGAGCGCGCGGGCUUUGAGUGCACCUUCAUGACCGGCUUUGGCGUCUCGGCCGUCCACGGGUUUCCCGACACGCAGCUCAUCUCGUACGAGGAGAUGGUCGCCUCCGCACGCCGCAUCUGCGCCUCGCUCACGAGCAUUCCGUGCAUCGGCGACGCCGACACGGGCUACGGCAACGCGAUCAACGUCAAGCGCACGGUCCGAGGCUACAUCCAGGCGGGCAUGGCCGGCAUCAUGCUCGAAGACCAAGUCAUGCCCAAGCGUUGCGGCCACACCAAAGGCAAGCAGGUCGUCUCGCGCGACGAGGCCUUCAUGCGCAUUCGAGCGGCGGUCGACGCGCGUCGCGAGAGCGGCCGGGACAUUGUGCUCGUCGCGCGCACGGACGCGCGCGGUACGCACUCGCUGGACGAAGCCAUUGCGCGCUGCAUCGAGUUUCAUCGGCUUGGCGCUGACGUCACGUUUCUCGAGGCGCCGCAAAGCGUCGAUGAAAUGCAGCGCAUCUGCCGCGAAGUGCCGGGCUGGCGCAUGGCCAACAUGCUGGAGCACGGAGUGACGCCGAUUCUACCGGCGGCCGAGCUCAAAACCAUGGGCUUUCACCUCGUCGCGUACCCGCUCACGAUCCUCGGCGCAAGCAUCCAGGCCAUGAACAGCGCGCUCGCGCACUUGCGCACGCACGGCCACACACCCGUCGAGUCACUGCCGACCUUCAACCAGAUCAAAGCCGAUGUGGGGUUUGACGAGUACUACGUUGAAGAAGACAAGUACCGGUUCGAGUCUGCCACGUAG